GCCGCUGUGGCCUAUGACGUCGAAUUCUUACAGACAGCAAAAUAUGCUGGUCAAGGUAUUAAUGAGAUUGUUAGCACAAGUCCUAAAAGUUUUCCGUGUUUUAAUGAAGUUUUACUGAAGUUUACCGUUAUCUGUUUUGAAACGAUGUAAAUAAGUGGCGAUAUUAUCGAUGCAGACGUCGAAAUCCUCCGACACAAAAAUUUAGGAUCCAUAGUUAGUUAGAGCAGGUUUUUCAUUUGUAAUUUUGUGGCUGGAAGAACCAGAGAAAAUUAUUCACUGGUAAUUCAAUGGGGACACCUAUUCAUGAACGAGGAUACACAUCUGUCCUCGUACCUUAUGUUCUUCAGUAUCCAGCCAACACUUUGUGGGGAGAAAAUACCCAAAGAAAACGUUUAUGGCGUAGGUGGAAUCAGCUAUCCAGAUUUCAGCGCAACACUUGUCUACUCUUCAUGGCUCUGCUAAUCACUUUGUCCAUACUAUUUGUGUUGCCUAACCUUCCAUCAAGUGGAGGUUUGCCAGCCCCAUCUAAAAACGAAGCAGCAGCAGGUCUGGAUACAGUGCAAGGAAUAAAACCAAGUUUAGAUUAUGAACGAGAACCUGAAGGUCCUCCAAAACCCAUCACUCAAUCAAGACCUAUCCAAGAAAAUUUCAGACCACUUACCAAAGAAGAGGAAGAUCAUCACGCUGGCAAGAAUGAAGACAAGUCUGUGAACCUACCCAGGAAUGGAUUUGAUCCACUCAACACGAACAACAAGAAAAUUAUUUUUACUGGACCCACCAACGACCGUCAAAGAGCAGUUGUGGAAGCUUUUAGUCACGCUUGGAAGGGUUACAAAACCUAUGCAUGGGGCCACGACCACUUGAAGCCGAUUAGCCAGACUUACAACGAUUGGUUUCAUCUUGGAUUAACAAUCAUAGACUCUCUAGAUACCAUGUACAUAAUGGGUCUAACUGACGGUUUGUCCCCAAACACAUUUCAAUUUCAUAAGUUUUUAUUUCAUUUCUUAUCUUUCCAAAUGUUUGAGAUAGAAUUCAACGAAGCCCGAAGUUGGGUCAAAGACUCUUUGCAAUUCAAUGGAAAUCGAGAUAUUAAUUUAUUUGAAACCACUAUUCGAGUACUGGGCGGAUUGCUCAGCACGUAUCAUUUAUCUGGUGAUAAAAUGUUUCUAGACAAAGCGCUGGAACUGGGUUUGCUUCUUUUGCCGAGCUUUAAAACGUCUUCGGGAGUGCCAUAUUCCGAUGUUAACCUUGGCACGAAGAAGGCUCACCCUCCCAAGUGGAACGCCGACUCGACCACUUCGGAGGUGACGACCAUUCAACUUGAAUUUCGCGAUCUCAGCCGCUCGACUGGUGAUCCCACCUUCGAAGAGCUGUCGUUUAGAGUGUCAAAGUUUAUCCACAAGUUGCCAAAAACGGAAGGGUUGGUUCCCAUUUUUAUCAAUCCGAACACGGGCCAAUUCCGCAAGUCGACCAUAACGCUGGGAGCUCGCGGAGAUUCGUAUUACGAGUACCUACUGAAGCAGUGGAUUCAGACGGGCAGGACCAUCGAUUUUUUACGAGAUGACUACAACGCAUCCAUCAGUGGCGUCAAGAACCUCCUGGUUCGUCAUUCCAAGCCGAACAAUUUACUUUUCGUCGGAGAGCUUAUCAACGGGAAUGACUUUAAAGCCAAAAUGGACCAUUUGUUGUGUUUCCUUCCGGGCACGCUGGCCCUUGGCGUUCACUACGGCAUGCCAAAAGAACAUUUGCGCCUGGCGGAGGACCUCCUCUACACUUGCUACCAGACUUACGCAGCUCAGCCCACUCAUCUAGCGCCCGAAAUCACUUAUUUCAACGAAGAUGAAAGUGAUAACGACAUGAUCGUCAAACCGGCCGAUUCGCACAAUCUUUUGCGACCGGAAACGGUGGAGAGCCUGUGGUACAUGUACCACUUGACGGGCAAUACCACCUACCAAGACUGGGGCUGGAAAAUUUUCCAGGCAUUUGAAAAGUUUGCUCGGGUGGAAAACGGUUACAGCUCACUGGGCAACGUCAGGAGCGUGUCUGAGAUUAAAUUGCGAGACAUGAUGGAAUCGUUCUUCCUGGGCGAGACGCUGAAAUACUUUUACCUGCUCUUUAGCGACGACCAGAAGACGCUCAGCGUCGACCGCUACGUUCUCAAUUCGGAAGCUCAUUUCUUCCCCAUUCACACUUCCCGAUGACCACAUCCUUUUUGCACCAACUACUUUUUCCCAUCUUCUUUGACCUUCUCUCUCUCUCUCUCUUUUCUUCGAGUAAGAAAAUAUCACGAAGUUGAAACGAAAACAUUCUAGUGUGCUCACGCGGGAAUUUUGGGGGGGAUGGUGGACAUGUGUGUGUCUUGUUUCUUUAUGUGUGCCGUAUCAAACAACCUGGUUCUUUCACUUAUAUUACUUCACGUUUGUUUGUUUUUUCUCUUUUUUUAUAAAUUUAUAUAUCUGGUCGAGAAGAGAAAUGUGGGGGAUAACACUAAACAAAAAAGCAAACAGCAACAACAUUAUUAUUGUAUGUUUCAUUACACUAGUC